AUGAUCGACAGCCCAUAUGACAGCUCCCAAACAACGGUAGUUUUUCUGUGAGGUAAAAACAUUUCCACGAAAUCAUGGCGAGAGGUCAACAGGUCAGCCAGGAGCUCAGUGAGGUCCUAAACCAACUCUGGUCUCUGGACAAAAACCGCCUCAGACCGGGGACCGAUUACAAAAUUUCCCUUCAGGGGAGAGCAGGUUAUGUUGCUCAGGGUAGUAACUAUGCUAGAGACCGGGCGAGCGAUCCACUCUUCACGUAUGUCAACGAAGACAAACUGAAGCACAUCGAGACAUAUGCACAUUUCAUCAACUUGCUGGACAACUACGAGACGUCCACGGGCGUGUCCGAGACGGUCACUUCAGAGGAGCUUAAAGAGAACAGGCUCUUUAUUGACUCCAUCGUGGAGACGGAUGUCAUGAAGUGCGCCCACAAGUAUCUGGUCAGGAAGGGCCAGUCGCCUGCAGACCUUGGACAGUUCAAGAAACAGCUGUACGACAUCUGGUUCCGUCUCUACCACCGGGACCGAAGUGGAGGUGAAGAUUCCUGUGGAUUUGAACAUGUGUUUGUUGGAGAAACCAAACACGGCCACGAGAUCAUGGGUCUCCACAACUGGGUCCAGUUCUACCUGCAGGAGAAGCACGGCCACGUGGACUAUAAAGGGUACAAAGCAAGAGCCAACAAAGAUACACCUGAUGAGGACGACCAUGUCCUGAACCUGCAGUUCAGCUGGAAAGGUUUGGUGAAGCCGGUCGGCGGCUCCUUCAUCGGCGUCAGUCCGGAGUUCGAGGUCGCUCUCUUCACCAUCAUCUUCCUCAUGUCCAACGAGAAGAUGACGUCCGCGGUGGUGAAAGUGGACGAGUACAUGCUGGAGCUGGUGGUGUAUCGGCACGGGCGAUCCAUCGGCACGUCCUACCCCAAACUGCUCAGCAGCAACAACAGGGAUCUGUAGGAUUCCACCACCCCAGUUAACGACUGAAUGUUUUUAAACUAGUAUAAAAUCUUAAAACAAACCUCGGUCAAGUUCAGGAUUAUAUUAUCAAAAGGCUGAUAUCAUGUACGUUGUCGUGUGCUUUCCGUUCGUUAUCCCCUUAUGAAGGAUUGUCUUGUCUUUAUAAAAGUAUUUCCAUUGCUAUGCUGCCCCUGUCACAGAAACCUAAUCAUGCAAUUUUUUAAUUUAAAGUGUAAUUUGAAGUUAAUUCACAGAGAGGAAUUGUUACAGAUAGUAUUAAUAAUACAGAAAUAUAACAUAAAGAUAUGUGGCUGAAACUCCUCCAGUUGACUGAAAAGACAGGGAAAACAUAGCAUCAUAUAAAUGUUUUAAAGACUGUUACAAGCCGUCCGUUAUUGAGACUUUAGAAAAUAUAUAGGAGCCGGAAAUCUGAGUAUAAAUGUAGAAAAUCUGAAAUACAUACUGUGUAAUAAUAUCUAAACUAGAAAAGAAAUGUAAGAAAAAUGUAAAACAUAUCCUUUUUUCUGAUGAAACAUUGCUUAUUUGUGCUUAAUAUUGUAUUCUGUGCUCUAUAUCCAGUUAUAUAUCACAAUCAUAUGUCUGUUACACAUUUUGUAAACUGUUGUGUAUUUUCUUUUUUGACUUUUUUAAACGUCAAUGCCAUGACACACGUUUAACGUGACAAUGAAAAUAAAACAUGAAUAUCUAA